CCCUCCAAGUUCCGCAUCGACAAUGUUGUUCCGGACUUUGGACUCGAGGAGAAUUCUAACGUGCUUCCCAAAAACUGGCAAAUGCCACCUCCAAGUUCAUCAAGGAUUAUCAAGAGUCGACGAUGCCCCAACGAAGGAAAAAUAUCUCCAAAUGUGCGUCAAACUGUUCCAAAACCUACCGUCGAUACAGAACCCUCACCGCUGGCACCCAUCAAGGGGACUUUGGUGGAUGAGUAUGAUACAGAUCUGCUGUCGUCAGAGGAUAUUUGGAAGAUCUAUAUGGAUGUGAAGAAGGGGCUUAUAAAGCCCUCGGAUGCUAUAUAUCCUUUGUUUUGCAUGGAGUAUUCGGGGGCUUCCAAAACUCCACCUCCGAGUUUAACGGAAUCUCAAAACUCCAAUGAAUUUCCUCCGAAAAGAGUUCGAGUUAACAAAAACCUAUAUAAAAAGAAUUCUUUUGAAACUGGUUUUGGGAGGAAAGUCGGAAAAAAUGAGUGGCGGGUCUUGGAUCAGUGGAUAGAAUCGGAGGGGCUCAACGGAUCCUAUAAUGAUAUAGAAGAAUCGGAUUCAAAGGGAAAGGGAAAGGUCGAUAGUGACGCCAAGAAGCCUCGGAUUCUGGACAAUGAAGAUGUCGCCUUUGCUAGCUUCACCAUUGGAAUCGAAGAGGAGCGGGCAAUCAAGGAAUGGAUAAAAUCGGAGGGCCUCAACGAACCCCACAGUGAUAUAGAAGAGUUUGAUAUGUUAUUAAGCCUAGCAAGAGAACAUGAGAAGAAUCGGGAUCUUCUGCUUGAGUUACUAAAGCCCAAGGAUCUUAUCUCCCAGGAAAAGGAUGUUUGGAAAAAGUUUUCUCCAAAGGUGUUCGAAAUGCCACAGAAACCUGAUUCCGUAGAGCCUGAGUUGUGGAAACCCCCACCCAACGAAAAGGUUUCCGUUGAAAAUAUUCCAGAAAAGGAACCAGAGAAAGCAACUGAAUUCAUUGUGGAAAAACCAGAAAAGCCAGUUAUCCUCGAGGUCAAAGACAUUAAACCAUUACCCCCGAGACCCGAGGAUGAGGAAGCUAUUCAGAGUUGGGUACAGCAAUGCAGUGAAACCAUUUCCCAACAAUUGCAACUCCUCAUCUAUGAGGACAGUUCCAACAAUCCAACUGCUGCAGAGCCAGAGGCCAUUGACUUCGAAACCGAGAUGAGCAAGGAGCAAAUGAAGCCCCGAGUCCUGGGAGAAAGAAGAACCAGCAGUUUGGAUCAAACAUCCAGUUUGAUUCAGCUUAAGAAUGCACUUACAAGCAGCUGUACUUCGUGA